CCAUAUGUUAUGGACAAAUAAGGAGGGAGACUGGUAAGCAAUCCAAUGAUGGGCUCAUCACUCCCUCUCAAAUUCGCUGUCCUUUUUUCCAUCUCUCUCGCCGGCGCCGCCUCCUUCGCCACCACUACCUUCGCCACUUCUCUCCCCUUCUUCAAACCAAAGCCCAAACCCAAAGCAACAGUCUCGGAUUUGCUCUCCCUUCUGGGUUCACACCAACAGGCCCGUUCCGUCAACUCCCAGGUGGCCCGAGAAUUGCGGUCCCGCUUCAAGUUCCUCGUGCCCUUUAGUCCCACUCAACGGCUCAGGCCGGAGUCUUCUUCGGCCCGGCGAUUGCUGAACGAUCGGAACAAGAGAGACGACGAUGAGCUGAUUUGGUGGCCUCCGGCUCCAGUAAUGGAGCUCGCUCGGCUCGCCGUUGACUCUGGUGGUGAUCCUGGGGCUAUCCAUAUUGCUCUUGAUCCAACCAUUAUCCCAGUUCCUGAUGUGGAAGGAACGAAGGAAGAUCGAUGUGAGCUUACUAGAACCCCUUAUGGGAGACACUUCAUAAAUGAGGAGUUGAAUUCGUACCUAAAGUUUUUAUUUGAAAUUAUAGUUCAGAGGGGUCCCAGUGUAGGGCUGAAUGUUUCAUUGAAUCGCUAUGACUUUUUUCACGGCCACCUUUUCCUUGCCAUGGAUUCUGGAAGACUUGGUAUUUUGUAAGUUGAGUGCCAUCCAACAUCUAAUUUUAUGAUUCUUCCAUGUAUUCCUUUGAGCUCGAGAUGAGAAGAGUUUGGAAACGCAAACACCAGCAUAGUCAGAAUUAUAUUGACAGUUCAUAAUCCAUGAUUUGUCACAUGUAAAAUGCUGCAAAUAGAUGGCUGAACUUGGUAACAACACAUUUCUAGUUUGAUUCAGAAUUUCGUCAAGAUUGUUAUGCUUGACGUGUUUGAUUGUGCAGUACUGGUAAAUAAACCUCCCCAACUUACAAUUACUUCUUCCCCCCCAACCAAAACUAAAAAAAAUAGAAGUAAAAUAUGAGUAGAUGGCCAAGAGGAGAUGAAAGAAAAUAGUGCCUUGGCCUUGUUGUAUAAAUUGAACUAUCUUAGAUCAGGUUCUAUCCCUUACGAUUUGUAUCCCAUCAACUGUAGCUUGGCUAAUUAAAUAUGAGAAAGUAAACAUAACCUAGAGAAAUAAAGAAAACAUCCAAAUUAUCAAGGUUCUAGAUGAGGACAAUAUUUAUUUCCUAAAUGAUUAUUUGGCUCAUCCGGUUACAAUUAUAUCACUAAAUUUCAAGACAGCAAAAUCAUAUAUUUCUUUUAUUCUGAACUUUUCAGUUAUGAAGUUAACUUGGUACAAAAGUUUAAGUUUCUUUUACGCUUGAAUGCAUGGGGAUUUUUGUGCUUGGGAGCGGCUAAUUGUUUAUAUUUUCAAAUGUACAAAUAAAAUAGAAGUAGUCAUGUAUUUAUAUGUUUCUUUAUUGCAUACUUAGUCAUGCAAUUGUAAAAGAGAAAAUUUCUAUUAAAGAAAUGCUUUAAAUUCUUUAAUUUGGUUAUGCAUCA